CUGGCAUCCGUACCUGGCAGGUACACAUCCGCAGAUGUCACAGUAUCUGUGACACCCGGGUGCUGCAUGGAUGCUGGGUAUGGCUCUGCAUGUGACAGGUACCCAUCACAGGUACCCACACAGCCACUGGAAUACUCUCUCCUCCCACCACCUUGCCCUCUCACGGAUCUUCCUGGUGCCCAGACAUGGUUCAGUCAGUCAUUUUACCUUAGUCCUUCAUCCUAGACAUCAAUUCUGAACUCCCACAUGUCUACAGUCUCCACCCACAUCAAAUCUCCACCUCAUAAGCUCAGAUCAAUAUCUUGUGACGAUGAUUUUUCCAUCAUUUUUCACCCGUUUUUCUUGCGUCUGGAAGCGUUCGAAAGCCCCAGUUCAUGGCUUCAAACCGACCCCUUAUUCGCUAAAAUUGGCCACUUCAUUGCAGAGUUAUGGCAGGAUCUUUGUUUUGGCAGGGGAUGGAGAGCAUAUUCAAGAUAUCUUGGGUUCGGAUGGGUGCUUCCCUACAUACUUGUGUCCAUUAUCUGUUACCAUCUCACGGUUCAGUCCAUAUCUUUUUCGCUUUUUGAUCGUUUCCCUUCGUUCUUAGGGCGUUCGAAAGCCCUUGUCAAUACCUUUCAGACGACCCCGGCACAACCCCAUGGCGUUUCUCCCUGCUCCGGCAGUGUCACCAUCACUAUAGACAGAUUAGUUACUUAGAUGUUAGUUACAUGUAUAGUGUAGUUUAUUGUACUUUAUUGAGUAAGAAUUGCACGGGUAUUAUGCAGGUACUCAUGCAAGUACCUGCAGGUACCUGUAUAUACCCGGGUGAGUGCGGGUACCCGCCACGGAUGCAGGUACUCAUGGUGCGGGCCGGGUCAUCCAUGCCACGGAUGUUGGCACGGAUGGUGGGUAU